AGUGUACCAGAGCCCAACGCCCCUGCAGUUCUCCCUCCAUCCCUGCAGGAUAUUGAGGAGCUGUCAGAGGCUGUGACAGAGCUGAGCACUGUAGAGGAGGUCAUGAAGUACCUGGAACCAGAACGAUGGCAGAUGGAUAUGGAAGAGUUGUACAAACCUACAUGGCAUGUGCUGGGCAAAUCAUUCAUCCACAGUAGGAAGGCCCGAGGUGGAGCUGAUCUCAAUCUUCUGAGGGAAGAAGUUCAACUCUACAGCUGCACGCCACGUAAUUUCUCGGUAUCCCUGCGUGAAGAGCUGAAAAGGACAGAUGUCAUUUUCUGGCCCAGCUGCCUCCUGGUGAAGCGCUGUGGUGGAAACUGUUCCUGCUGCUCUCACCGCUGCUAUGACUGUCAGUGUAUUCCUGCCAGAGUCACAAAGAAAUAUCAUGAGGUAAAUUUAAUCAUGGCAUGA